AUGAAGUUAAAGGAUCUUAGAGCAAAUAAUCAUCUUUUCCAAGCGAUUGACCGAUCAAUCUUGGAAACCAUUCUUUGCAAAGACACCGCCAAACAUAUUUGGGAUUCCAUGAAGAAGAAAUAUCAAGGUACAACAAGGGCUAAGAGGCAGCAGCUUCAAGCACUACGUUUGGAGUUCGAGAUGCUUCGAAUGAAGUUGGGAGAAUCAGUUACUGACUAUUUCUCAAAAACGAUGGCAAUCGUUAACAAGAUCUCUUUGUUGGUUCAUGAAAGGAAAAUUAACGAGCAGGAGAAUGAAGGGAAGGAAGAACAAGCACUGAAGGCAGAAAAUCACUCUACAUGGAAUAGAACUAAUAGAGGUAGAGGAAGAGGCCGAGGAAAUUAUCGUGGCAGAGGAGGCAGAAAUCACAAUGAUCGUGGGAACCAGCAACAUUUCAAUCGGCAAGAAAGUCAAUUCCGAGGAAGAGGCAGAGGACAUUCGAGGUCAGCAGACAAGUCAAGUGUUGAAUGUUUCGRUUGUCAUAGGUAUGGCCAUUAUAGAUCUGAAUGUCCCUCUGAUUUACAUAGACGAAGUGGCGAUCAAACUAACUUUGCAGAAAAUGAAGAAGAAGUCUCUCUUCUGAUGGUAUGUCACAUGACGGAGGAAACCUAA